AUGAAGUUCUAUUUGGGAGGAAGUCAACUUCUUAUGAGCGAUGUGGUGAAUCGCCGUCGGGGUACAACAGUCGCCGGAGGUGGCCCUGACAGUCCUGUAACGGAAAUGGAUCAUAACGUACGGAAAUUACUCCAAGCUUCUUUGUGGACUGCUGAAGCUGUCUAUAUUCUUUGGCUUUUCUUGCUCCGGUAUGCCCCAGGAGAUCCUGUAUGGGCCAUUAGUUCGGAAACGAUCCAUUCCUUAAUCGGCGCUUCUCUCAAUCUCUUCUUUGUUCUGCCUUUCUUAAAUGCUGUUGGAUUUCGCUUCCUGGAGGCACCAGUCCUUCACCCGAUGUCUGACGGCUUAUUCAACUUUGUGAUUGCUUGGACCUUGCUUUUUGUGCCGUUGCUGUACACUGAUCGGAGGAGAAAUAGCUACAAGGCUUUCUUGAUACCAUAUAUGGCUAUCCGUCUGAACAAGGAUGAUGAGACUGUUACUACUAGGAGGACCUCGCCCCUUGGUUCCGUAAUGAUUAAUGGUGCAUCAUUUGUUGGACUGAUCGGCGCAGCUGUUUGUCUGUUAUCUGUGCUGUGGGCAAUUUAUGGACGUGCAGAUGGAGAUUUUGGCGAUGUAGCCAAGAGAUUGGAUUUUCUAGUGAAUCUUCUUGGUUUUGAAAGGCUCGCAUAUGCCAUCAUUUGGGAUAUCUGCCUUUACCCAAUAUUUCAGCCUUGGUUGAUUGGGGAGAACCUACAGAAGUUACCUCAGAUUUGUCCCUGUAGUUGGUUUAGUUGCCUACUGUAUAUGUUUGAACGUUGA